AGACACGGCUGUGCCUUCUAAUACGGAAUUUAUCAUGAGAUGAAAACAAAAGUAAAGUUAUUUAAUCGUAAAAAUUCGAAAAGGACGGGGAGGCAGAGCGAAGUGGAUGUUUAUGAACAAUCUUAUCACAUGUCGGAAAUAAUCUCUUAAGAAACGAUGGUGGCGACGUUGUCUCUCUAAACGUUCCUCGACCAUUUACUCGCCGACCGUUGCCGAGUGUAGUCAUCGCAGAGUGUGAACAUCGCCGAGAAGAAAAUGGCAAAGCAAGCCCAAAUUAAAUACACUCAACUGUUCAUCGACAAUGAAUUUGUGGAUGCUGUGAGUGGUCGUAAAUUUCCCACAAUAAAUCCUGCCGAUGGUAAAGUCAUUGCUGAAAUCGCCGAAGGAGACAAGGCUGAUGUCGAUAAAGCAGUGGAAGCCGCCAAACGGGCCUUUCACAGAAAUUCGAAAUGGCGCACAAUGAAUCCGUACGCCCGUGGACAGCUUAUGCACAAGUUUGCAGAUCUCAUUACUCGCGAUUUAGAUUACAUUGCCACUCUCGAAACUCUUGACAAUGGAAAAACGUAUGCGAGUGCUGUGGAGGACAUUCAAGCGUCUGUUGCUACUCUUCGUUACUACGCAGGCUGGUGUGAUAAAAUACUUGGAACUACUAUUCCAACAGGCGACGCUAAUGUUACAUUGACACGAAAAGAGCCAGUCGGCGUUGUAGGACAAAUCAUCCCUUGGAAUUAUCCCUUCCUGAUGUUGGUUUGGAAAUGGGGCCCUGCAUUGGCUACUGGAUGUACCGUGAUCUUAAAACCAGCGGAACAAACACCCCUGAGCGCGCUUUACGCGGCCGCUCUAGCUAAGGAGGCAGGUUUUCCAGCGGGCGUCGUAAAUGUCAUUCCAGGUUACGGCCCAACUGCUGGCGCGGCUAUUGCUGAACAUCCAGAAAUUAAUAAAGUCGCUUUUACCGGAUCUACCGAGGUCGGGCAUUCCAUAAUGGUAGCCUCUGGUAAAAGUAAUCUCAAGCGUGUCAGCCUUGAAUUGGGUGGCAAGAGCCCGCUCGUUGUUUUCGAUGAUGCAAACGUGAAAGAAGCCGCAGGGAUCGCGCACAACGCGAUAUUUGCGAAUCAUGGGCAAAACUGUUGCGCGGGAUCGCGUACAUUUGUACAUGCCAAGGUGUAUGACGAAUUCGUGAAGCAAGCUAAGCAGCUGGCGCUUGACAGAAAAGUGGGGGAUCCGUUUGACUCUAAGACGAAUCAGGGCCCGCAGAUCGAUCAGGAUAUGUUAGACAAGAUCAUGGGCCUGAUCAAUUCCGGCAAACAGCAGGGCGCUGUUGUGGAAACCGGUGGGAAUCGCAAGGGCGACGCCGGUUACUUUGUGGAACCCACGGUCUUUUCGAACGUAACCGACGACAUGAGAAUCGCCAAGGAGGAAAUUUUUGGUCCGGUCCAAACAAUCUUGAAAUUCAACACCAUGGAUGAAGUAAUCGAGCGCGCCAAUCGCACUAACUACGGUCUUGCCUCGGGCAUAAUUACUAAAGACAUUAACAAGGCUUUGGAAUUCGCCCAGGCAGUAGAGGCGGGUAGCGUUUGGGUAAACUGUUACGACGCUAUCACACCCCAAACGCCAUUUGGCGGCUUCAAGCAAUCUGGCAUAGGACGUGAAUUGGGAGAAGAAGGCCUGAAGGAAUAUCUCGAGAUUAAAACGGUCUCUAUCAAUGUCGCGAAGGGAAAUUAAUAUACGUGUCGCAUGGAUGUACAAGCUCUUGAUUUUCAUUAUACUUUCGUUAAAGAUGCCUUACAUGAAACUUUUGUAACAGAACACCAAUAUUAAAAUAAUAUAUAUGCAAUGAGA